AGAUCCUGCAGGAUACGGGAUCCAAUCGAAAAACAAGGAACGCCGCGAUUCUUGCAAAACGUGUAACCUCAGUGUAGAUAAGAAGAGAGCCUAAGAAGGAUUCUAAAGGGGUAAGCAACUCUCACCAACAAAACAGGCCCGCAAGAUGAUGAAAAGAAGGUGGUCCAACAAUGGCGGCUUCACCGCCCUGCGCAUGCUGGACGAGAGCAGCUCGGAAGUGACGUCCUCGUCGGCCGCGCUCGUCAUGUCCCCAAACAUGACGAUGUCUCCGACGUCGCUCGGCUCGCCAGAGUACAACGAUCUGGAGCUGUGGGGCGCCUACGACGAGAAUGCGUAUAACGGCCACAGCGUCCUGUCGAACGGGAACAACAAUCUCGGCGGUGGUGGCUGUGGAGCGGUCGCCGCCAACCAGCUGCUCAUGAACGGCAUCAUGAACGGUGGCAACAAUCUGAACGGCAUGAUGAACGGCAUUGGCCUCGGGCCCGGCUCGGUCGGCCCGAACGGGGCCAACCAGGCCAGCACCAACCAGAUACAUCAGUUCGUGGGCAAUCUGAUCAACGGUAUGAACCACUCGCAGACGAUCAUCCCGCCACUGCCCUCGAUCAUACAGAACACGAUCAUGAACACGCCGCGCAGCGAGUCGGUGAACUCGAUUUCGUCAGGCCGUGAAGAUUUGUCCCCGUCGAGCAGUCUGAACGGCUACACCGGCGAUGGCAGCGAGGCGAAAAAGCAGAAGAAAGGCCCAACGCCGCGGCAGCAGGAGGAGCUCUGCCUCGUGUGCGGUGACCGGGCGAGCGGCUACCACUACAACGCACUUACCUGCGAAGGCUGCAAAGGUUUCUUCCGGCGCAGCGUCACCAAGAACGCGGUCUACUGCUGCAAGUUUGGGCACGCGUGCGAGAUGGACAUGUACAUGCGGCGCAAAUGCCAGGAGUGCCGGCUGAAGAAGUGUCUCGCGGUCGGCAUGCGGCCGGAGUGCGUCGUGCCGGAGAAUCAGUGCGCCAUCAAGCGGAAGGAGAAGAAGGCGCAGAAGGAGAAGGACAAGGUGCCGCCGAACCCGUCGACCACCACCGUGAGUACAACGAACAGCAGCAGCUACAAGUCGGAGCUGCUGCCGGUGCUGAUGAAGUGUGAAUCACCGCCCACCGCCGCGAUACCGCUACUGCCGGAGAAGCUGUUGAACGAAAACCGACAAAGAAACAUACCUCUGCUGACGGCGAACCAGAUGGCCGUCAUCUACAAACUGAUCUGGUACCAGGAUGGCUACGAGCAACCGUCGGAGGAAGAUCUCAAGAGGAUAAUGAUUAACUCACCCAACGAGGAGGAAGAUCCCCACGAAAUCCACUUCCGGCACAUAACGGAAAUCACCAUCCUCACAGUACAACUAAUCGUCGAGUUCGCGAAGGGACUGCCAGCAUUUACCAAGAUCCCGCAGGAGGAUCAGAUAACGUUACUAAAGGCCUGCUCCAGUGAGGUGAUGAUGUUGCGAAUGGCCCGCCGGUACGACGCCGAAACCGACUCCAUCCUCUUUGCCAACAACCGAUCGUACACGCGCGACUCGUACAAGAUGGCGGGCAUGGCGGACACGAUCGAGGACCUGCUGCACUUCUGCCGGCAGAUGUACACGCUCACGGUGGACAACGUCGAGUACGCGCUGCUGACCGCGAUCGUCAUCUUCUCCGACCGGCCCGGGCUCGAGAAGGCCGAGCUGGUGGAAACGAUCCAGAGCUACUACAUCGACACGCUGCGCGUCUACAUCCUGAACCGGCACGGGGGCGACCCGAAGUGUAGCGUCACGUUCGCGAAGCUGCUGUCCAUCCUGACCGAGCUGCGGACGCUCGGCAACCAGAACUCGGAGAUGUGCUUCUCGCUCAAGCUGAAGAACCGUAAGCUGCCCCGCUUCCUGGAGGAGAUAUGGGACGUGCAGGACAUACCGCCGGUUGGGCUGGCUCGGCAUCAAGAGCUGGUCGCACAGCAGCAGCAGCAGCAGCAGCAGCAACACCAACAGUCGGACAAUCCGAACACUUCCUCAAUGGCAUCCACCUCGUCGACGAUCGUCGUCACACCGAUGCAGCAAUCCAGUCAGCUUCAGCUGCAACAGCAACAGCAGCAACAGAUGCACAGUAACGGAGUCGUACCCACACUGCCGGUCGGCGGCGGUACGAGCGUGGUCGGAGGAAUAGUUACUAAUAGUAUCACCACGAACGGCGGCGGUGCGGUAAACGGCAGCAGCAGUAACACGGGCGUCAGCAGUAAUAGCAGCAGCAGCAGCAGCAGUAGUAGUAGUAACGCGAGCAGUAACGGCAACAGCAACGGGCUGCUCUCCACCGUCGGCAUGCUCGAUCACCACGUCGUAUAGCUAGCGUAGGGCACGGUGCUGCCCCCGGUGGUCGGCGCCGUCACCGCCCCGGACGUACUGUUCGACAGUCACGUGCAUCCGCUGGCCGCGCUGAUCGGUGCUGCCGGCGGCGUUGACGACGGCGACCACGCGGCCACCGGAAGCGUCUUCCCGGACGACGACAUUCUAUUUAUCGUAGAGAGUUAAUUUAUUUGUUUUCUUUUUUUUUUCUUUUUUUUUUUGGCCCACAACAACUCCUCUUUGGUGGGUUUCUUUUUUGCCUCUCCUGAGUGUGUUUGUGUGCAAAUGUUGCGAAAAUGACACUGGAAAAAGAGUCAGUAGUGGUGCACAAAUCAUCCACCGAGUUUUGGAUUGAUGUUUUUUUUUAUUUUAAAAACACACACACAGACAUACACUCACACAUACACACCCAAAGUUGAAGGUGUGCGUGUGUGUUUUGGCAGAUUGUAACAAUACUUCAUUCCUCACCUAAUUAUACAGCUAGAGUCUUUUUUUUGUACAGUAAACUGUAACGUAAAGUGAAAACCCGGAAGUAAUGAAUUGUUUUACGUUUAAGGCAGUUAGUUUGUUAGAGGAUCGCGGUUUUUCUCUUCUGUUGUACAUCUUCCAGCUUUGUUGCGUUAGGAGAAGAGGGAACGAGAGGGACGAUCCCACCCCCAAAACGGGAUUGUUUGCAAUAGGGAGUUUUGCAUUGUAGAUAAGUGAAGUGUUUAAUUGAAUAUUGAGCAAGGAAGCUAUCCCCCCCCCCCCCCCUCGGACCGCCGCUGCGUUGUGUGUGCGCGUAAAUCUGUGUUGUGAAUGAUGAAAGAGUACUACUAUUAGCUCUACGAUAGUAAGUGGCAGGAUUAGGAUCGUUUUUUUUAUUAUUGUAAGGUAGGGAAGCGCACCAGCACCAGUGUGCAGCAUUUCCGGUUACCCAUCGGAUGCGGGGGUAAUUGGUAAGAGUGUGCACAGAUCGAUGUGCUGCGUCGUGUGCGGUGUAUUUAAGCGGUAGGGAUGUUUAACGAUACUGAAAUAAGCUAAAGGGGAACACACACUAGCAAACUACUACUAUUACUACUACUACUACUACGACUACUACUGCUACUACUAUUACUGUGGAAAAGCUGCGAAAGAAGGUGCAACGAGACGUGCUGCACCCAUUUGCACCCCCCCCCAACAAUCCAACUUAAGAACACCGUCACACACUCACACACACUUCCUCCGCGUGGAAGAACCCCCUUCAACAUUUAAAUAUACUGCCACAGCUACAUUGCGCUGCUGUAGUUGUAGUAGUAGUAGUGUAGUACCAUUACUACUACUACUACUACUACCACUACCAUUUUACUUUGUCAAAUUGCUGCUACCCUUAAAACACUGCGAGAAGGAGAGCGCUACUGUGAAACGAAAUGCAACCGAAUCCGCCGGAGAAAGGGAAACCCAAAAUUCCACCUCCUUUUUGACGGCUCAACGCCUCCUACUGCCAAUAGAGAAAUACCGUACAGUAGCAUACACAGAAAAAAGAAGCGGCACGCCACAACAAGGUUCACAUUGAUUUAGGUGAUCCCUCCCCUUCGGGGUGUAUGUGUUGUAAGGUGGACUCGGUGUGCGUUGAAGGGUAAGAUAUGGACAGGUGUGUGCGGUGUGCGGUUCGGAAACACCUUCUUUCGUAUCGUUUGGCUGUGACUUGUUAAUAAUUUUUAAGAGAAGCAUAUAUUAUUAUUAUUAUUAUUACUACUAUUACGAUCAACAAUAUUACUAUUAGCGCGGUCACACACGCACGCACACCGUUCUCUUGGCUUUAGAUGGCGAGAAAUGGUGUGUGUGUGUGCGUGAGUGUCUGUGGCGCAAGCACUCUAGCCCUUGCGCAAGAGAAAAACGGAAAAGAAAAAGGAUAUAUGUAGGGGAAGCUAUUGUGUGAACCCGGGAAUACAGUGUUUACAGAAGCAAAUCGCUCCACUUUCCUUCGCCCCCUCACAGAAAGAUAGAGUUAAUAAGCUAGCGGAGCUAAGUUACUUUCGGAAACAAAACCUCUCCACACACGCACGUGGUUUAUAAAAGCAAAAGCAGAAAAAAAACGCAACAGCGGGAAGAUGAAGUUGGGGGGAUUUUCUCGCACUAAUGGCGGUGGUUGUUUUCCGAUAUUUGGAACGAAUUUCAGUGCGGUUCAGCAGUAGUAGUAGUAGUACUCUGGGCCGUAGCAGCUGUGUGUGAGAUGAUCCCGCGACCACUUCCUCUUCCGCGCGUUGUUUUGUGUGGUUUAGUAGGGGAAAAACACACAGUUUCACUAAAAAUGAAAGGGAAAAAGGGGACGAAUCGACCGGAUCGAAACACACUGUGGUGUGCUUUCUUUUUCCCCCCAAAAACUCUCUCGCUCUAUCUCUCUAUAACAGCACACGCAGACGAUCGUGUAGUGUGAGUUUAAAAUGUUUUAAGCAAAACCCUCAAAACCUUCAAAUGCAGUUCACACAAAACGGUUCAACACAAAUCGCAAAUGUGGUGUUUGCUGCUGCCUGCUAUCUUCACGGCGGCUUGAUUGAUUGAUUGAUGAGUGGAAAAGGAAAAGAAAAAGGGUGGUUUGCGGGAAAAGAGAGUGAGAAACGUUUAUAAUGUAGCAAACUGUUGGCAAAAGAAUUGUAGUUUGAAUGCAUAGGUUUUGUUGCUUGUGUAACACAAUUUAGUAUGGAAUUUAGAGAACAUAAAACGAUGUGCAUUUAAGUUUUACACACUCUCCUCCCCACUAGGCUCAAAAAAUCCAGGUUUUUCGAGAAACGUCCUGAAUCCAGAAAGGCUUCUUUAUUUGUCGUUGCAAAACGCACUCGCACACGCACCCACACAAACAAUCGGUUGUUACUUUAAACAUAUCCUGUAAUGCGUAAUGUGUUUCCGUAAGCCUUUAUUCAAUCUCUUUCCUUGUGCCGCGCGACCACUCUUCUGUACGUGUGUGUGCGUUUAGAACCCAUUCUGUUUUAGUCGAAAAUGCAAACAAUUAAAUCAAUUAUUAGUCAAAAGAGUUGUUGUAAAUCGUGUUCUAGCCAAAUGCGGCCAACUGUAACAAAGAAAGAUUCUCUCCCCCCACCCGUUUUGCCCUUGUUAAAUUACCUUGUUUCCAUCCCUUGUAUUAAUUUUAUAGCAAAAUUUUAAGCUUAUUCCAUUUAAUUACAAACACACACACACCAUCCACAAUACCACACCCGUCCGUUCCUACAAAGCAAAAACGACCAUUAAACGUUUGCGGUUGUCAAUUAAUUGCAAGCUGCUAAUGCGCGUGUGUUUUACUUUUCCGUAGUUGUUUCUAAUAAAGUGAAAUGGAGAACAAAAAAGCUUUUACAAAAAUAGAAAACAAACAACAAAAGCAGCAAAACAAGAAGGGAACAACAAGAAUUAGUUUUUGACCGUUGUCGUGCUAAUUUAAUUUAAUGCUUCCCGAGCUACUGCACUUUGCUUUACAAAAAGGAGAAGAAAAUAAGACAUGAAAAUGAGAAAACGAAGAAAUCGUGUAUGUGUGAUGCGAGAGGGAAGAAAGAGAGCGAAUGUGUAGAAAGAGUGUAUGUAAGAAAACUUUUUUUUUAAAAAGACAGUUUUUCUUUCUGUUUGUGUUCGGAAACGGAGGUGCCUUUUGACAAAACAAAACAAAACAAAUAACCACAAACAAAUGUCGCAAACAGUGCAGGAAAUCUAAAAAAAGAAAAGUUAAAACACACACCAUUAAACAAGCAGAACAGAGUGUACGGAGUAAAGCAGCUUCAUUCAUACAAUCUUCAAACUUCAUUACAAACAGUAAAAUAGAAAAAGAGGAAAAAGGAAGACAAGCAAAACAUAAAAAACAACAGUAAAGUUGUAAUUUGCGUUGCAAAAGAUAACUCGAGAAGAAAACAACGCGAAAAGUGAAAAGCAAACAUGUAGACAAAACACACACAUAAACAACAACAAAACUUUACUAGAUAGGUGGGAACGGGAAACGAAUUGAAAAAGAGUGAUUUUUUUGUAGUGCAACACGAGUAAUGAGAGGCAAACAACAAAACGGACUGAUUACUUGGAGCGGCGUCGUGAUGGUUUCGUUUUGGAAGUGCGAUGAAAAGUGUCCGAUGAAACGAAUGGGAGGAGAAGCAAGUUUUAUGCAAACACCACCUCAUAACCAGAAAAGAAUAGAUGCGCCCACAAAAACCAACCAACCUUUUCGUUCUCUCUUUAUCACACGAUGGAGGGAAGAGGAAAAAAAAGUUAAAAAAAACCUUUGUAAUUAACGUGAAAAAGAAGCUUUUUGGGGAGUAUAAAAUCUCAACACACAGGAUAAGAAGAGUGCAGAACAAAACAAACAAAAAACACUACACACCGAUUAGAGCUCUAGUAGCACACGAAUGCAGCUGAAGGAUGGAAGACACACACACGCUGUGCAAACUGUAGAUAAAACAUAGGAAAAACGAGAGCAAAAACAAACAACGCAGAAGGAAAAUUUUGCCGCGCUUUUGUGUAAAAUUGUACAGCUUUUAAAAGAAAACACACCCGUAGACGAUUCUUAUCUACACAUGUAAGGAAAAGGCAAGGGCAAAAGGGCAAAAACAAGAGAGCGAGAGAGCAGCGCGAUUACACACAACCGUGUAUUAUAGGCGAAGGAUAGGAAGGAUUAGGAAUAAAAGGGAGAAGAAAAAACACACACAAAAAAUGGGGAAAAGUUGCUGAAACAAAAAACAACAACAAACAACGCCAGCAACGAGCCAGAGAGCGUACAGCAUUAAGAGCGUGCAUAGUGCAUAAUAGUUUUGUGUAAUUCGUGUGUAAGCAUUGAACUGGGAUAUGUGCAAAAUUUUCUCAAAUACUAUUAAUGACUUUAUCGAUAGUUACAUUUUAUUAUUGCUAUAUUAUUUUAUUAUUUUUUUGUAAUAAAAUAUUUCUUUUUUAAUUCA